AUGAAGACAGAUGGUGGUCUUAUAUUAAUUUAGAAAUUUACAUCAGAAGAGGAUUGUUUGUUUUGUUAGAAAUACGGAAGAUUACAAAUUGAGAAGAUUAAUUUUGCUCCACUUUUGAAUAGAGUAUAUAAAAUAGUAAAAUAAUUUACAGGCAUUAUAUACUAAAUAUUCAUAAUCUUCAGGACGAGGUAAAAAAUUCGAAGAUUUCUUUUCAACUAAGUCAAUUAAAUGGGUUAUAAAAUUUAAAGAUUAAUUAUGUUAUGAUUAUUAAGAGGAAUACUUAAAGAGGUAUUUUAAUAAGAAUUUCAAUUAAUAGAUAUUAUCCAAAUAGAGAUCAAUAAAAUAAAUUUGAUCAACUGUUGGAAUAUUAUAAAUAUCAUAAAGAUAUUCCUCGAAUGUUCUUACCUUAAACAUCAGAGUUAGCAAUAUAUUUUUAUGAGAAAAAGAAGUAAAUAAAGUUGUAUAAUCUAAUUUUAGAUAAUUAGAGUACAGAAAAAUAAAAAUGAUGUUGGGUAUUCCUAUAGAUGACUUUAGUAACUGUACAGGUAUUAAUUCUACAAUGAUUUAGAACAUGAGUAAUUAAAGGAAGAAAUCAAAGUUCUCAAUAGUAUUACAUAAUAAACUUAAGUAUCCUCAAUAUCUUUACUAAGAGAUAUGCUAAAAUCCAAGGGAAAUGAUGAAAUUAUAGUAAUUAAUCUUUAAUCUUUAGAACAUUGAUGCAACUUGGAUAACAAUGGUUAAUAACUAAUAGCCUAAAACUACAUAACCAUCAAAUUUAAAAUUACUUAAGUAAUUGAUCUCUAAAAAUACUUAAUUUUAUAAAGAUAAAUAACAUACAUAUGGUCCUGGAUUAAGUAAAAGAACUAUUUAGAAUUCUCCUUAAUAAAAAGUUCAUCUAAAAACACUAUCUAAAGAUGCUUCUUAAAAGUCUUUAACAUCUUCUCAUAAACUCAUUAAUAAUAGUAAUGGAGAUACUGAAUUUUAGAAAUUUUUAAAACAACAAAUGGUUGCAAUCAAUAAUUCAAAUCCAUGCAAUUAAAAUAGUGCUAAAUAAUAACCUAAACCUAUAUUAUUAUCAAGCUUUUAAUCUAAAUAAAAUAGUAUACAUCAUAUUAUUAGCACAAGAAGUAUCUCCUCUGAAUAGCUUAAAUUAAUAUAAUCAUAAUAAAUAACAAAACACAAUAAUAAUAAUAAUAAUAAUAAUAAUAAUAAUAUCAAUUAAUAAUCUAAACAUUAAAAAAGUUAAACUUAAACUCAUUAUACUGAAGCCAGUUCUCCAAUUAAACAUAAAAAAUAAGCCUCAAAUAAAUUAUAUACAAAUAUAGGAAUAGAUUUUAAAUAAGCGUUAACUCAAACAAAAUCUAAUAAUAAAUUAUUUAAAGUUUAUACUUCGUAAUCAUCCAUUCCUUUAUCAGCAAAUAUCAAUAUAAACAUUAAUUAAUUAAACAUGAAUAACCUCAAUAUCAAGUCUUCAUUUUAAUAAUAUAAGGCAAUGCUCGAAAGUCCUAAAGUUUAAUACAAAAAGAAAACCCAAUCUAAUGUUGAAACUUAAAAGGUCAUUAAUUGUAGUGCACAAAAUAAUGGUACUACUUCUUUAAAAAAAACAUAAAUCUCAGUUUAAUAAUUAUAUGCUUAAAAAAUCAAAUAAAAAAAUAAGAUUUAAAAAAAAUGA